UGAGGAGCACAUUGGAGUUUCCACAAGGCUCCAGUCCUCCACCCCUUGCGCUGCCGCCAAAACCCUCAGAAGCAUCAUGACCUGCGGAUCAGGAUUCACAGGCCGCACUUUCAGCUGCGUCUCCGCCUGCGGGCCCCGGCCCGGCCGCUGCUGCAUCACUGCCGCCCCCUACCGCGGCAUCUCCUGCUACCGCGGCCUCACCGGGGGCUUCGGCAGCCUCAGCGUUUGCGGAGGCUUCCGCGCCGGCUCCUGCGGUCGCAGCUUCGGAUACCGCUCUGGCGGCGUGUGUGGACCCAGCCCGCCCUGCAUCACCACCGUGUCUGUCAACGAGAGCCUCCUGGCACCCCUCAACCUGGAGGUCGACCCCAAUGUGCAGUGCGUGAAGCAGGAGGAGAAGGAGCAGAUCAAGUGCCUCAACAGCAGGUUCGCUGCCUUCAUUGACAAGGUGCGCUUCCUGGAGCAGCAGAACAAGCUGCUGGAGACCAAGCUGCAGUUCUACCAGAACCGCGAGUGCUGCCAGAGCAACCUGGAGCCGCUGUUCGACGGCUACAUCCAGACGCUGCGGCGGGAGGCCGAGUGCGUGGAGGCCGACAGCGGGAGGCUGGCCUCGGAGCUCAACCACGUGCAGGAGGUGCUGGAGGGCUACAGGAAGAAGUACGAGGAGGAAGUUUCUCUGAGAGCAACAGCCGAGAAUGAGUUCGUGGCUCUGAAGAAGGAUGUGGACUGCGCCUACCUCCGCAAGUCAGACCUGGAGGCCAACUCAGAGGCCUUGAUCCAGGAGAUUGACUUCCUGCGGCGACUCUAUGAGGAGGAGAUCCACGUUCUCCAAGCCAACAUCUCAGACACCUCGGUCAUCGUCAAGAUGGACAACAGCCGGGACCUGAACUUGGACUGCAUCGUCGCUGAGAUCAAGGAGCAGUACGAUGACAUUGUCAGACGCAGCCGGGCUGAGGCUGAGUCCUGGUACCGCAGCAAAUGUGAGGAGAUCAAGGCCACGGUGAUCCGGCAAGGGGAGACCCUGCGCCGCACUAAGGAGGAGAUCAAUGAGCUGAACCGCAUGAUCCAGAGGCUGACAGCCGAGGUGGAGAACGCCAAGUGCCAGGUAGGGGUCAUCUCUCCCCAAGACCAGGGGGGCUGGGGGCAGUUUGCACCCAAAUGGAUCUCACCAUUCAUUCUCCCGUCUAUUUGCAUGACCAGAGUCUUGGUUGUGAUCACU